AUGGAACCAUCGUCAGAUCCAUCCAAAACGUUUGAUGAUGAUGAUGGUGGUGACGGGCAAAGCGAUGAUCGUAAUCAGCCACUUGAUGUUGACUCCAUGACUCCAGCAGAUCGCUCCAAUGCUCUCCGAAGUCAUCGGAUACGCUUCGAAGACGCUAUCAAUCCAAAUGCCGAACGCGUCAGUCUUGUUCAAUCUCUCGACAUCGUAUUAGGAAGAGGGAAACGACUUCAGGACUUGCCUGGCAAUACUCGUAUGAGACGCAUCGUGCACAAGUACAGGAAUAUGUAUCACUCUUCCAAGCGAGUACACAAACGCAUGCUUGUGGAGACUGUGUACCAAGAAAUCAUUCAAAAUGGAGCGAGGUUUCUACUGAAACAAGAAGAAUCAGAGGAUAAGGAUGCAUACAUUGUCGUUGGCAAAGAAAUUGCCUUGCAGAAAGUGAGCAAUGUGUUGCGAAGCAAAAAGCGUAGUAAUCUUCAGGAGACGACUCCAACAUUUUCGAGUGAGCAGGCUACGCUUCGUCCAGAGCUUGCAAUGUCGCAGCGAUCCGUGGAUUCUUCUUUUGGAAGGAGCAGCCACGGUCAACAACAACAACAACAGCAACAACACUUGGCUUUCGGCAAUGAAGUUGCUCGGUUGCCAAUGAAUAAUCCACUUUUAUUAUCAUCAUCACCAUUGGAUUUAUUUGGAUCGCUACCAGCAGCCGCAGCAGCCAGUUCCAUGUAUCGGUCGUCGCUACCAAUGACUUCCGCUUCUUCCAUACCAACCACGGCGACUCCGUUCGAACAACAAAUGAACAUGGCCGCCAUGGCAAAUCGUCUGAUGGAGCAAGACCGAAUGAUUCGAAAUGCCAUGACGAUUCAACGAUUGAAUGCUCUGCAACAAGAGUCACACUCUCGAGCUGCUGCAUUGUAUUCACAAGCCUCUCUCCUAGGUGGAGCACGACUACGGAACACGAAUAAUGCGGUCUUUCCUCCUUCGGCGGGUCCUCCUCGUCCUCCUCAGAAUCAACAACAGUUCCAACAACAACAGCAACAGCUCCAACAACAGUUCCAACAGCAACAGUUCCAACAACAGUUCCAACAACAGUUCCCACAUUUGUCCAAUAGUACUGCUACGCCAAAUACGGCACCACGACGGCCCGAACAAGAGGAUGAUGAUGAAAGAUGA